UCUGUUAAUUGGCAUUGGCGGUGGUCCGGCUGUGGAUGAGAUCUUCCCUCGGGACUGAGCCGACGGAUAUCUGCGUCAUAUUGAUCCUGGAAUGAUUGAUCUCCACUGUCCGAGCAGGUUUGUGGCCUGAUUCAUGCUCGCCAUCAGAUGGGCGCUUAGACUACGGGACAUGACCACCCGGGCAGCCAGUAGGGAAGGUCUGUCUCCACCCGCCAAGCCCUGUAGAUGCAUGAACCCUGGAGAUAUUGCCAUUGAGAGAGAGGACGUAGGUCGACUAGGAUAUGGAACAUACCCCGCGUAUAAACCGUACUUCUGAAGGUAGGAAUGUAGGGGUUUGGGUGUAACCCACAUUGGCGGUGUAACCCCAUGUCUCCCUGCCGCGCUUCGACAUAUCACACCGUAGAGACAUAAAUGGCACAGCAGACCAGUCCCCUGCCUUGAAUUAUCACUCCAAAGGGUCAAAUACACCUCGCUCUGGUAUGGCUUCCACCGACAUCUCCAAAACCGAAUUUGCGGCUACGUUGGAGAGAUAUGCCGUCGAAGCCAAGAAGCGUCUUCGUGUAGACGGUGUCGCACAGUACGCCGACAUUGCUCUUACGGAUAAGUUCAAGCAAUUCGCCGAGGAUCCUUGGAUUCGAGGCGAGGAGAACCGGCGCAAGAACCCGUACCUCUCGCAGCCGCCUCCCGUGGCGAACGGCGGCCACGUCAAAGCGGUGAUCACCGGUGCCGGAUACGGGGCGCUGCUCUAUGCCGUGCGGCUCAUCCAGACGGCCGGCUUCACCGCGGAGGACUUCGUCUUCGUGGAUUCCGCUUGGGGGUUCGGCGGGACGUGGUACUGGAAUCGGUACCCAGGUCUCAUGUGCGACGUGGAAAGCUCGUGCUAUCUGCCGCUGCUGGACGAGACCGAGUUCAUCCCGCAGCACCGAUACUCCUACGGUCCGGAACUGCGGCAGUAUGCCGAGCUCAUUGCGGAGAAGUACGGACUGCAGAAGCGGCCAUUGUUCGGUUGCACCGUCAAGGAAAGUCGCUGGGACGAAAUCCAGUCCCAAUGGGUGACGACGAUGGUCCGGAAGCGCCCCGUCGGUACCAAGACAGUGGAGGAAAGCUAUGUGCUUCAUUCAGACAUGAUCAUCUUGGCCUCGGGGCUCCUGAAUCGUCCCAAGCUGCCACGCCUGCCGGGGCUCGACAUCUACCGUGGCCACGUCUUCCAUACCUCCCGCUGGGACUACGACUACACCGGCGGUUCACCGGAGGAUCCGACGCUGAGCCGCUUGCGCGGGAAGAAGGUCGCACUCGUCGGCACCGGCGCCACGGGCAUCCAGGUCGUGCCGGAACUGGCCAAAUGGGCCGGACAGCUGACUGUGUUCCAGCGCACUCCAUCCGCCGUGGACACGCGCGGGCAGCGAGCCAUGGACCCCGAGACGUGGCGACAAGAUGUGACUCAAGGGCGAAAAGAAUGGCAGAGUGAGCGCCGCAUGAACAUGGCCGCGUUCGUGUCUCGGGUGCCCGACCGCCCGGCGAGGGACCUGGUGGACGACGGUUGGACGCACUUCCCGUCGCUGUCCGGGCUGAUCGGAGGACCCGCGGCUGCCUCGCUGACGGAGGCGACGGUAGGUGAGUACGUGGAGUCCUUGCACCGACUGGAUAUGCCGCGACAGGAGCGCAUUCGCCGGCAAGUCGACGCCGUGGUCGCGGACCCGGUCACCGCCGAGAGUCUCAAGCCGUGGUAUCCCGGCUGGUGCAAGCGGCCAUGCUUCCACGACGAGUACCUGGGGGCAUUCAACGAGCCGAACGUGCGCCUGGUCGACACGGCCGGGAAGGGAAUCGACGGAUUCUCGUCGACAGGGGUACAGUUUAACGGACAAGAGUACGAGGCCGACGUCGUCAUCCUGGCGACUGGAUUCGAGUCUCCCGCCGCGGGAGCGCCGUCCUUCCGCGCGCGGAUUGGUAUCACAGGCCGAGGGGGAGUCACGCUGGAUGAGAAAUGGACGAAGGGCGUGGGCACUCUCCACGGCGUCCUGACCCACGGCUUCCCCAAUCUCCUGCUAGCCGGCGUGACGCAGGCCGGGUCGACCGCCAAUGCCGUGCAUAUGGUCGACAUUCUGGCAACUCACGCGGCGCAAAUCAUCGCCGCCGCACAGAAGCAGGCGGACUCGUCGGGGAGACUGGUGAUCGAGCCCAUCUUUGAAGCCGAAGAGGCCUGGGGCAUGGCGGUAGCGAGCACCGCCUACGCCUACGCUGCCAUCCCCGGUUGCACGCCGAGUUAUGCCACACUGGAAGGCGCCUCGAUGCAGGCCCAGACAGCGGAAGAGCAGAUUCGAGUCGCCAGAUCGAUCCCUUGGGGCAGGGGAGUUACCGAUUUUGUGAACGUUUUGGCAGCCUGGCACAAGGAUAACGAGCUGCAGGAUAUCCAUGUUAGCCGGCGGAACGAUGGUAUAACUCGGAUGCUGGAUACUGUUUCUGAAGGGGUGCAACGGCAGGCCAUGAUGUAUCCUAAGCCACGACUGUAGUGAGAAUAUGAGUGCAAGUCGUACAUACAGAUAGUGUCUACCUACUCCGUAGGUAGAGAAAAGUAGCGACUUCGGCGGUUGAGCCCCUCCAAGUCUUCCCGCCCCGCCGACAAA